AGCCAGGCCCAGCAGGACACAGGAGAACGCCUCUCCUCCGUGGCCACUGCACCCCUCAGGGUGAACCCCUCACUGUGGAUCUUCCCCAGGACUCUGCGGCACCCGGACAGGUGAGCCUGGAGAUCUCCAACCCGCAGAAGGGAGGUCACGCCCACACCCCUUGAGAUGGAUCGCGUGACCAGAUACCCCCUCUUCAGCAACCCCCACUCGGCACGUGCCACCAGCUUGGUGCUGGACGAAAACACCAGCUACACCGUCGAGCUGGUGGGCGUCGGGCCCGAGGCCAGCUGGAGCCAGGAUGACCUGCAGGCCUGGUCCGAUGAGCACCAGGCCAGGCCAGACGUGAAGAGAACAAGUGUGAGCUCCACCAGACGAGUCUUCCGCAGCCAGCCGCCCCCGAGGUCGCUGUACCUGGAGGAUGAGGAUGAAGAGAUGAAGGCAUACUACCUGGACGAAACCAGCGCUGCCCUCUGCAGCCAGCCCAGGGACCUGAAGGCCGAGCGCUCGGCAGUCAUCCACAGCCAGGCAAUCAGGAAGGGCAGCACAGAGCCCAGGCCGGCUGGCCAGCCCCGGCCCACGUCCACUGAGGAGAUCUUGGUGGACACAGAGCAAAUUGAUUUCCUGGCCGCUCGACAGCAAUUCCUGAGUUUGGAGAAGGCGAACACGAACCCAGUCACUUGGAGUCCCACCGUCAGGGAGACCUUUGCGGGGGCCCCACCAGGGGUCAGCCAGGUCCCCAAAGCCUCCACCAGGCCCCGCCUAGCCAACGGCUACGUCAUUCCUGUGACCACGUCACCAGUGAAGGAGGUGACUUUGGAGAAGACUGUCCGAGUUUCCCCAGCUGGGUCCAUCCGUGCAGCCAAUGACCCUGGCCACUGGACCCGAGCAGAGUCCCCUGAGACCCCCAAAGAGACGCCCAUCGAAAGAGAGAUCAGACUGGCCCAGGAACGCGAGGCAGAGCUGAGGGAGCAGAGGGGGCUUGGGCGGGCGGCCGGGCAUCAAGACCUGGUCCAGAUUCCCAGCAGGCCACUGCUCAGCAAGGUAAGCCUAACGGAGCCGCCAGCGCGCAGGGACCGGGGCCGCCCGUCCCUCUACGUGCAGAGGGACAUGGUGCAGGAGACACAGCGCGAAGAAGACCAUCGUCGGGAGGGUCUGCAGGUGGGCAGGGCGUCCACACCCGACUGGCUCUCCCAGGACCCUCAGCCUGGGCUCCAGAGAAGCCUGAGCUCCGACUGCAUCCUCAGCCCAGACGCCCGAGCCACAGACCCACCUCCAGAGGCAAGAAAGGUCAACCGAAUCCCACUGGAUGCCUAUCAGCCAUAUCUGGGCCCUGGGACUCCCAAACUAGAAUUCUCAGCCUUUGGAGUAUACAGCAAGCCAAAUGGUGUCUCCACAGAGGACACCAAAGCCAUGGCCUUCCAGAAGGCCACAGAGUCUCCAAAGCAUGUCUCAGAAUGCUCUAAAAGGUCUCCGAGCUCAAAACAAGAGCGCUCAAAGCCCCCUGAGAAGCCCCUGCGUGCCAAUGUGGGUACCGUGCGAUUAGAGAAUUUCCGCCUGCGCCCUCUGCGGUUCGGCGUCCCAGAUGUCCCCCAGAAGGCUGAGACCUCCCAUAGCUGGGGCUGGGAGGUGGCCGGAGGCCCAGCGCUGAGGCUGCAGAAGUCCCAGUCUUCUGACCUGCUGGAAAGGGAGGUGGAGAGCGUCCUGCGGAGGGAGCGAGAGGUGGCCGAGGAGCGGAGGAACGCCUUCUUCCCAGAGGUGUUCUCCCCAGUGCAGGACCAGGAUGAGCAAGACUCCCGGAGCUCCUCCAGGGCAUCUGGCAUCACCGGCAGCUAUUCGGUGUCGGAAUCACCGUUAUUCACCCCCAUCCAGCUGCAUUCUGGCCUGGUGUGGAAGGUGCAGGCGCCUGAGGAUGGUGCUCCGGGACAGAAGACAAAAAGGGAGGCGUGGUAUGCAGGUAUCAACCCUUCAGACAGCGUCAACUCAGAGGUCCUGGGAGCCACGCGGGUAACGAGGCACAAGAACGUCUUGGCGGAACGCUGGGAGGCACGCAUCUACGCCAGCGAGGACGAAGACUGAAGCUGGAAAUGAAGGACCUCCAUCCCCUCCACCCACCCCAGCCCUGUGGAGGCUGCCGGACCUGCCCAAACCUCUGCCGUCAGUCCCAAACUAGCCCCCCUCAUUUCCAGGUGGCCUGGAAAUGGGUUCUGUUUUCCCGGGGUGGGGAGUAUUUUCUGCUUGGGGAUGGUUCUCAGCUGGGGCUGAAAUGAUAAUUCUGCCAGGUCUCUGUGUAUCUAAGACGUUGCCAAAUGCUCUGGGAUCCAAGGAGGGGAUUAGGCUGCCCACCACAGGAUGUAAUGUCCUGGGAGCUGUGGGUCCAGGGAUCCCCCUUAUGCCCCUCAGCCCCUCUGCAGGGGGCACCAGUGGGUGCAGAGCCCAGAUCUGUCACCUGUCAGAAAGAGGGCUCUCUAGGGACCGGCCACUCCAGCCUUGCCAACCCCAGAUGUGUCCAUGUUGCUAUGAAAUAAACUUGCCAUGAGCUGCC